AUAAGCCGUACGAAAUGAUAUUUUUCCUGUUCAUGUUGCAGUUUGAUAAGUAUGAUUACUCCUACGUGCCGUACAAAAUCGUUUAUAAAUAUGUGGCGAUUUUCAGCUGCGAUUUACGGUAACCAUCGAGCAAAAGACAACAUCCACAAUCUUGAAGUUUUGUUUUAGGUUGAAGACUAGUAACAUACAAUUCAAGAUGAGGAAAUUCUCGUUUUGUUUCUUGUUCGUUGUGUCGCCAUUCGUACAUUCCGCUUCACUCUCAACUAACAACAAUAAGAGCCUACAAGCUUUCUUGAAGAAUAUGAUUGUAGAAGUCAAAGAUCGCACUCCAGUGGGCGGAAGUAAUGAAGCUGAAAAUUCACUCACGCAUGACGAAACGGAAGUACAAGACGAUGAAACGGAAGUGGAAGUUGUUCCACCUGGCAUGGCUUUGGACUGUCCAUCUGGUUGGAUUUGUCAUGGUACUAGUUGCUACCAUUUUAGCCGCGACCUAGAAUCAUGGAUGAAUGCUCAGAUGAUAUGUCAAGGUUUUGGAGGCAACCUCGCUGAAAUUGAAAAUGAGAAGGAGAACAGAUUUCUUGCCAACAAAGUAAAGCUACUGAAAGGAAGUUACUGGAUAGGUGGCAAUGAUCUGGCAAACGAAGGUGAGUGGAAAUGGUGGCAUUCUAAUGAGGAUUUCAGAUACACAGACUGGUUACCAGGGGAACCAAAUAACCAUGGAGGCAAAGAAAAUUGUGUUGAUUUCACAACUGUUCGUAAGGCCUCACACCAGUCUACCGGUUGGUGGGAUGAUCAGUGUCAGAAAUCACAACUUUACAUCUGUGAAAAAAACUUGGCACGAUAGUUAUUUAGCAAUAUGAGUUUCAAGGUCAAAUAUGCAUCAGAAAUGGUUUUAUGUCUAUUUCUCAUAUGCUUUUUAUUUUUGGUAUUCUGUAAUUGUAUCCAAAGCGUUAUUCAUCAGCCAAUUAUCUGAGCUAUCUUUUGUUUCUGUUUCUUUCAAUACACUACAUUUGUAGUGAUUUAUUUUUUGCUGAAGUAAAAAUACUACAUGUACUUUG